GGCGCACCGGCGCCCACGAGUUCCGUUUGAGGUGCCGAAUUAGCCCCACCGUAAGCUCCGCACCAAAUCCGUCGAUUUCGCCACGCGCCCACCGUUUUCGCGUCUUCCCCGCUCCGGCCCUGUCUUUCUCUCUCUCCUCAGGCCGCGAUGGCACCGUCGGGGUCGAACCCGCUGGAGCCCGUGUUCCAGACCGUCGCUGCCUUCUCCCGCCGCCUCCUCAUCGCCCCCGACACCGCACCGGACGACCACCGCCUCCGCCCCCUCCUCUCCCUCUCCCUCUCCCCGCCUCCUCCCCCGCCCCCGCUGCCGCCGCCGGAGGUCCUCAAGCAGAAGGAUGCGAAGGUGGCGCCCCUGACGAAGGAGGAGGUUGGCCGGGCGACCUGGAUGCUGCUCCACACCAUCGCCGCGCAGUUUCCCGAUGAACCAACCAGGCAGCAGAAACGCGAUGCGAAAGAGCUGAUGGCUUUAAUUUCGAGAAUGUAUCCUUGCAAAGAGUGCGCUGAUCACUUCAAGGAAGUUUUGAAAGCAAAUCCUGUGCAGGCAGGAUCCCAGGCUGAAUUCUCUCAGUGGUUAUGCUAUGUGCACAAUGUGGUUAAUCGAAGCCUUGGAAAAACAAUAUUUCCCUGCCAGAGAGUAAAUGCACGGUGGGGCAAGCUGGAUUGCCCGGAUCGCGCGUGCGACCUAGAAGGCUCCAACGACAUCAUGCCGAACCGAUGACACUGCCCGGAAACCUUAUAAAAAUUUCCGUGCCAGUAACAAGUUUAAACCACCAUUGGAUGGGCAAUACCAGGAGGAUAAGGAAAGAUAAUUCAGGACAAUACCGGUGUAUUAUUAUUAUCGUUUACCUCCUCCAUCCUCUAUCCCUGGCAAAUGUAAUACUAGUAUAUGUCAUCUGAACCUGCCCCUUGAUGCUGCGCUCCUGUACAGUACAGUUUCACCAUCUUCACGGUGAUGAAACACCCUAUGAUCUGUAAAGGUUUUGGGCGAGGUUCUAUCAGUUACACCGAUUUUACUGCUCUCUGAAA